AUUGUUCAACAAAAAAAUAUUCUCGGGUCAAACUUUUCUUAUCUGUCAUCCGUUAGGCAACCUGGCGUGUGCUACAAGCACUUUGAACUAUCGUUUCGCAUCAGCUGUCAAGCAGACGGUCGUCGUGCUGUGGAAACUGCGAACGAACAAAAUUGUCCGGAACGGAGCGCUCUAGUCGUAGCUGUGUUAAAGAGCAUAAAGAAAAUACCCAACCGUACGCGCCCCGCGAGGUCAAUCUACAUAUUCGUUUCCGGUUUCAUAGCAGCUUCUCCGUGCUUAGUGUGGAAAUUGUAACCGAAGCGUGGUCGUGAGUUGUUUUUCCCCCUGCAUUCCUUGUAGCUCGGCAGGCUCUGGCGACGAUUCUCAUAUUCGUACGUGCUGCAGCGUCUGAAUCAUAGCGCAUUACGAUGUAAUUGACAUCGAAUUCGCAAUCUUGUGCUGUCCGGAUUCUUGAGGGCAGUGGUGUUCAGUUGAUAAUCCUGCGGAAUAAUGUAACGUAGACCGAAACGUGUAUAGUGGCGUAGGAAAAAAAGAGGCGAGCAAAAUCUCAAGAAGUUGAAAAGAGAAAGAAAGUGAAGGGGAGGAAAGAGUGUAACGAAAAGUGCAGUGCAUGAAGUGCAACAACGUUCUGGCAAGUGCGUACCAGAGCGUAAUUGCUGUUCAUUUCGAUAGUUCUGCUGUGCAUAGGCGUGAAGCGAAGUGUCCUCCCGUGCCCCGAGGCGGAUGGACCCGUGUUGAAGGUUCAUGGAGAAGGGCAGUGGGGCGCACAUUCCGUUGCUCCCGUUCCUGCUCGAUGUAGAAUCGUUUUUCUAUUUUCCCGUUGUCCGAUGACUAACCCUUGCUCUGGCUAGAAGGCACAACACUAGCGUACCACCGGAAGUAUUUGGUUUGCGCGGGUGAAGCAAGUGGUGUAGCAGUGGUGUGGCGUAAGCACUCAUCCAUUUGGGCAUGCGAUCGCACAUCAGCAACCUUCCGUCAACCCUCCUGUAUCGCGGUUCGCCAUCGUCCGGUUCUCCUUCGCUAGCCGUCGAUUCCCUCAUGGCGCCACAACGGCCACCCCGCAGAAGGGCGCAGUCCGUGGGCAACUCGAGUUACGGCUCCAGCCCGGCGCUGGCAUCCCACACGCCACGAGGAUCACUUUUUGCAGCGAACGACGAGGAUGCCUGCUACGUCCGAAUCAAGGUGAUCGGGGCGAGCGGCUUGGCCAAGAAGGACAUCUUUGGCUACAGCGAUCCGUACGUGAAAAUCGACCAAAACACCAUCACCGGCGAUGUCAACGUAGACCAGAUGGUGACGAAAACGAAGCGAAGGACGCUGAAUCCGGUCUGGAACGAGGAGUUCAUUUUCUGCGUCAAACCCAACGAACACAAGCUGGUGUUUCAGGUGUUCGACGAGAACCGGCUGACACGCGACGGAUUCAUGGGCCUGGUCGAUCUGACGUUGAUCAAUCUGCCCCGUGAAGCCGAGGGACGCACGAUCGCCACACAGACGUACACGCUUCGCGCAAAGCGCCAGCUAAGCUUGCGCAUCAGCAUGAAGAUACGCGGUACGCUCGAGCUCUACCAUGCGAUCAUGCGUGAUGACGACCCGGCCAUCGCAAACGCGACACCCCAAACGCCCGGUCAGUCGCUUCCCUGGUCGCCGGUACCGUCUGUUACCGGAGCCGGAAAUCGGACUCCCGCAACGAGCACACCCGUCUCAACGCACCGGACGGUGGCGCCGUACCCGCAGCAGCAGCUUCCGGUGCACCACCCGCAGCACCACUACCAUCAGCGCCAGCAGCAACCGGAGCCGUUGCCACCGGGCUGGGAGGUGCGUCAGGAUCCGGUGGGACGAACAUACUACGUGAAUCACGUAGCCCGUACUACGCAAUGGGAACGACCCAGCAUCCUGCCAGCCCCACCGGGACUUAACGAAAUGGUUGCCGCCUUUCAACGGCGGUUCCACAUCAGCAACGAUCCGGACAAUGGCAGCAAUAACACGAGCAUGGCGGACAACGUCAGUAUUACGUCGGACAUUGGCAGUGGCGGUGGUGCGACGGUCGGGGCCACGUCGCCUGGCGCUGGCACAUCCACUUCCGGUAGGGCCGCGACCGAGGGAGACACUACGGGCGGGGGUAGUACGCCACUACCAGGUGGUAGUAACACGGAACCGGGCGAACUUUCACCGUCACCCUCAAGCACUUCGAUCACUAGCGGAACGGGUACCAUUAGGCCGACCCGUCGCGCCCCGCCACCGCCACCAUCGGCGUCGAUCUCCGCCCGUUCUAGUCCGGCCGGCACACCGAUUCCCAGCGAGCGGCGUCGACCCUCCCAGAACAGUAGCGUCACCUCCGACAUCGAACGUGCCAAUAGUUCCAUGGUGAACGGUGAUGGAGAGCCGGCGGCAACCGACACCAGUAGUACCGCGACCGAAGAACCAAAUAAUUCCUCCGACGUUUCCUCUAGUGCGGCCAACGGCGAUGAUGGCAGAGGAAGCGGUGCUGGUGUUCGAGAGGCCAAUGAGAGCGCUUCUUCUUCCACCGUCAGUGGCCAACCGGCAUCCACGGGAUCGUCGAAUGCACUGCAGCCAGAGACACCAACUUCUUCCAUUGCUCACGGCCAGCCAGGAUCUCCUGCCGGGGCCAUCACCGAAUCACCCGGUAGCGCCCCGAGUGCCGCCGGUCUACCGCCCGGUUGGGCCGUACAGCUGGCUUCCAAUGGGCGGCUGUUCUUCAUUGAUCAUAUUAAUAAAACCACCUCCUGGGUAGAUCCACGCACCGGGCUCGCCAGUCCCAUACCGAGCGCCAACAGCGAGGGAGGCUCGAACGCGUCCGGUACGGCUAACGGGACCGCUGGCGGAGGCGGCCGGGAUGCACGAUCGUCUGACGAUAAUCUGGGCCCGCUGCCAGAGGGCUGGGAAGAGCGGGUUCAUAGUGACGGCCGGACGUUCUUCAUCGAUCACAACACGCGCACGACGCAGUGGGACGAUCCGCGGCUGUCCAACCCGAAGAUUGCGGGCCAGGCGGUUCCGUACUCGCGCGACUACAAACAGAAGUACGAGUACUUCAAGAGCCAGCUGCAAAAGCCAAGCAACGUGCCGAACAAAAUCGACAUCAAGGUGCGUCGGGCAUCGAUUCUGGAGGACUCUUACCGAGUAAUCCAUGCCGUGACCAAAAUCGACCUGCUCAAGACGAAGCUAUGGGUGGAAUUCGAGGGCGAAACCGGACUCGACUACGGUGGGUUGGCGCGCGAAUGGUUCUAUCUGCUGUCGAAGGAAAUGUUCAACCCAUACUACGGUCUGUUCGAGUAUUCGGCAAUGGACAACUACACGCUGCAGAUCAAUCCGAAUAGUGGGCUGUGCAAUGAGGAACAUCUCAACUACUUCCGAUUUAUAGGUCGCAUUGCCGGCAUGGCUAUCUACCAUGGCAAAUUACUCGAUGCGUUCUUCAUCCGGCCGUUCUACAAGAUGAUGUUGCAGAAACCAAUCGACCUGAAGGACAUGGAAGCGGUAGACACUGAAUACUACAACUCGCUGCUCUACAUCAAAGAGAACGAUCCGGCUCCACUCAUGCUGACGUUCAGCGUGGACGAGGAAAGUUUCGGCACUACCAACCAGCGCGAGCUGAAACCGAACGGUGCCGACAUCGAGGUGACGAACGAGAAUAAGGACGAGUACAUCAAGCUCGUGAUCGACUGGCGGUUCGAGGCGCGCGUAAAGGAGCAGAUGCAGGCAUUCCUCGAGGGCGUCGGUUCGUUGGUGUCCCUCACCCUGCUGAAGAUCUUCGACGAGAACGAGCUGGAGCUGCUGAUGUGCGGCAUCCAGAGCAUCGAUGUGAGCGAUUGGAAGAAGAACACGAUGUACAAGGGUGACUACUACGCCAACCACGCCGUGGUGCAGUGGUUCUGGCGCGCGGUUCUUUCGUUUAGCAAUGAGAUGCGGGCUCGACUGCUGCAGUUUGUUACCGGUACGUCGCGUGUACCGAUGAACGGCUUCAAGGAGCUGUACGGAUCGAACGGUCCGCAGUUGUUCACAAUCGAGAAAUGGGGCACGGUGAACAACUUUCCCCGGGCGCACACAUGCUUCAACCGACUAGAUCUACCACCGUACGAGAGUUACGCCCAGUUGAAGGAGAAACUAAUCAGUGCUAUCGAGGGCAGUCAAGGAUUCGCGGGACUAAUUCUCCUCGGAUUGGCGACGCUUGCUCUGGUGCAGUGCGUAAGUGCAGCCGAGAAACUGAAAAUAGGCGUUAAGAAACGUGUCGAUAACUGCACCGUGCGCUCGAAAAAGGGUGACCUAGUCCACAUGCAUUACACGGGAACACUCGAGGACGGAACGGAAUUCGACAGUAGCAUUCCGCGUGGUGAUCCGCUUACGUUCACCCUUGGCAUGGGCCAAGUAAUAAAGGGUUGGGACCAAGGAUUGCUAGGAAUGUGCGAGGGUGAAAAACGGAAGCUUGUCAUCCCGCCAGAGCUGGGCUACGGGGAGCGUGGAGCUGGCGAGAAAAUCCCACCUAAUUCGUGCGUUUCGUCGGAUGCCGCUGCUAAUAAUGCACGCGCCGGAGGUAGCCUGUUGCACGCAAAGUUCCCUGGAGCCCUGGAAGCCUCCUUCGUGACGGCACCAAAGCUUUCGCUCCCGGCGGACAUCGAACCGAUUCCGAUAUAUCGCGUGAUGAACAGCGAAGGUGCGGUAGAGGAUCCGACGCAAGAUCCCAACCUCGAUCAGGCAACCGUGCGAAAGAUGUUCCGCGAUAUGGUGUUGCUCAACACCAUGGAUAAAAUCCUGUACGAAUCACAGCGUCAGGGCCGCAUCUCGUUCUACAUGACCAACUUCGGCGAAGAAGCAAGCCAUAUCGGCAGUGCAGCCGCCCUCAGCCCGGAGGACUGGGUGUACGGGCAGUAUCGUGAGGCUGGAGUAUUGGUAUGGCGCGGUUUUACCAUCUCCGAUUUCAUCAACCAGUGCUAUGGCAACGCGGAAGAUCAAGGAAAGGGUCGUCAGAUGCCGGUACACUAUGGAUCGCGUAAGCUCAAUUUUGUGACCAUCUCCUCGCCACUGGCCACGCAAAUACCGCAGGCGGCAGGAGCGGCUUACGCGUUUAAGCUGCAGCCGAACAACCAACGGUGCGUGAUUACGUACUUCGGUGAGGGAGCAGCCUCGGAGGGUGACACCCAUGCGGCGUUCAACUUUGCGGCUACCCUCGACUGUCCGGUGAUAUUUUUCUGUCGCAACAAUGGAUUUGCUAUUUCCACGCCAUCGAAGGAGCAGUACAGAGGGGACGGCAUUGCCGGACGGGCGGCCGGGUACGGUAUGGCGGCACUUCGUUUCGAUGGUACGGACGUAUUUGCGACGUACAACGCAACGAAGUUGGCUCGCGAAUACGUGCUACGUGAGAACAAACCAAUCGUGCUGGAAGCGAUGGCAUACCGCAUCGGGCACCACUCGACGUCGGACGAUAGUACCGCGUACCGACCGGCGGAGGAACUGGAGGUAUGGAACACGGUCGAGCAUCCGAUCACCAAGCUCAAGCACUACAUGGUCCAACGCGGGUGGUUUAACGAGGGGGAGGAAAAUGAGUUCGUGAAAUCCGUCCGCAAGCAGGUCCUGUCGCAGAUUAAUCAAUCAGAGCGAAUUCCCAAACCGGACUGGCGUGAAAUGUUCCAGGACGUGUACACGGAAAUGCCCGCGCACCUCAAAGAACAACUGCGUGAAAUGGAGAAUUGGCCGACUGUCCUCGCGUCAGUGGAAAAACUGGGUGAACUGUAUCUGGGCCAUCUGGUGGGGAUACUGCUCGCACUAUUUACCAACUUGGAGGAAGCCAGCAGACUCUGGUCGAAGAUACGGAAGAAAAUGGAUGGCAGCAGUGGAGGUGCUGGCGGUGGUGGUGGUGGUGCCCACAGUACAGUUAACUCUUCCAUCGCUUGCCCAAUGGCUACGGACGCGGACAUGCUCCUGGAUUUCCAUACCGGAUACCCAGAAUACUCCUACCGGUACGAUGGGAGCAACGGUGCAACGUCAUCCAGCGCGCCGGGAGGCUGUAGUAGCGCUUUGAUGAACGGUCUCUCCACUGGGAGCCGCGGUCGGGGCACGAGUACGGGUGAAGGUUCGUCUGGGAGCAGUGGGACGCCACGCAAAAAGAGUUGGUCCGAGCUGAAGAGCAUCGUCAGUGAGAGCCGUCGGCAGAUGGCAACGACGAUGGCAGCCUCCUUCCCGAUGAGCGUAAACUUCCGCACCCUGUCCGACGGAAGGACACGGGUUUAUUUUCUAAGCCCACCACCGGCGAACGGUUGGGAUACGAUACUUUUCUACGCGGACGUUCCGCCGUUGGAAGAGGACCAACCUCAGCCCAACCGGCACCUUGAGUGGCACCAGCUGCUCGAGUCCGUUUUGGGUCACCUAUCGACCAGUAAUUCCCGCGAGGUACAACUCCUGCUCGAACGGAAGCGGCUCUCCAUUUGGGGUAUCACUUCGUACGAGCUGCACAAAUCGAGCGGGAAAAUCGUUUUCCCAGCCUGCAACACACUCUACCAGUGUUUGGACACGGGCUACGAGGAAAACACGCUCUUCCCAUCGGAACUACGAAUCUUCCAGCGUGCGGCUGCCAUCGAUCCCCAGAUCUGUCCACAAAACUCCGACCUGGUGGCGUUCGUGUGCAACGGCGAUAUCUGGGUGGUCCAUACGCACAGUGGGCACAGUGAGCGGCUCACGUACGCCCACGAUGGACGCCGAUCGUUCGCGGAGGAUCCGCUUACGGCCGGUGUUCCAUCGUACGUCAUGCAGGAGGAGUUCAGCCGCUAUCAAGGCUUCUGGUGGCAGCCGGAGAGUGACGAUGAAAUCUACCGCAUCGUGUACGAGGAGGUUGACGAAAGCGAUGUCAGUCUGUACACCUUCCCGUCGUCGCAGUCGUCCAACCGGGACUUCGAGGAGUACCGGUUUCCGCGGGCCGGCACACCGAACGCCAAAUCGAAGCUGAAGCUGGUCCAGUUCCGGCUGUCGGAGAAUCUGCGCAUCACCGACAUCUGCAUCAAGGAGCUCCAGUGUCCGCUUACGUUCGCCUUCCCGUGGCUGGAGUACAUCGUGCGCGUGGGUUGGACUCCGGACUCGAAGCAUGUUUGGGCACAGUUACUCGAUCGACCUCAGCAGCGGCUCGAGGUGGUGCUACUGCCGGUGGAUAACUUCUGUGAGAUCUACAGCAGCUCACCCUCGUCACCGAACGCACAGGCGAGUGGGUCACAAUCUUCGCCCGGUCAGCAUCAGCAAAACUCACAACAAACGCAUCACCAUCAGCAGCAGCAGCAGCAGCAAAAUUCGGGAUGGCGUUCGCCGCUGGACAAAACCACCCGACCGCUGCAGGUGAUCUACUCGGAGACGUCGACCAGCUGGGUGAACGUGCACGAUCUGCUACACUUCAUUGAGCUGUCCGAGCACGAGGUGACGUUCCUGUGGGCCUCUGAGGAAACCGGCUACCGCCAUCUGUACUUGGUCACAUCUAGUCUUACCCCCGUCGGUAGUAGCAAUAGUAGCAAUAGUAGUGGAACCGUUAGCAAUAGUACGCGAUCCCACCACCAGAGUACGAAUAGUCUUCACAAUCAACACCAACCCUCCGUGCAGCAGCAGGAGGGUAACGGAACGGGACUAUCGGGACACUCGACUACGGGGUCCGGUUCAAACCAGUCGCUCCCAUCGAUGGCCUGCAUUGGGAGUACACUGACCCCACGGAUUACCAGCAAGGUUGCCCUCACCAGUGGCCAGUGGGAGGUGCUCGGACGAAAUGUUUGGUACGACCGGACCCAUCGGAUGGUCUACUUUAUGGGGCUCCGUGAGACACCGCUCGAGAAGCACCUGUACGUGGUGAGCCUGGCGAAACCGAACCACCUGCGGCUGCUUACCAUGCCCGGGUACUCGUUCACGGUUGAGUUUAAUGACGACUGUACCGUUUUCCUUCAAACGUACUGCAAUAUCUACACGCUGCCAUCGUGGGAACUGGUUAGGAUAAGACACGCCACCGACGGCGGAAGUAACCGGCCGCCGGCGGUGGACGGACUCAAGCUGAUCUCAGUGGGCUACCUGGCCGAGGGUGGAGCCUCGGAAAAUACUCAGUACAAUCCCUCCAUCCACAGCCCGCGCAUCUCGACCGGCGACGUGCUGUACGCGAUGGUGUUCAAGCCGCACAACUUUGCGCUCGGCGUCAAGUAUCCGACCGUGCUGAACGUGUACGGUGGCCCGGAGGUGCAGACGGUUAGCAACACGUUCAAGGGUAUGCGUCAGCUUCGGAUGCACAUGCUUGCCUCGCAAGGGUACUGUGUGGUGUGCGUAGAUUCGCGUGGCUCGCGCCACCGAGGGGUGGAGUUCGAGUCGUACAUCCGGUGCCGGAUGGGCACGGUUGAACUGUCCGAUCAGGUCGAAGUGCUACGGAUACUAGCCGAGCAGCUUGGCUACAUCGACAUGGAUCGGGUGGCCAUCCACGGUUGGUCCUAUGGGGGUUACUUGAGUUUGAUGGGACUGGUGCAAUAUCCGGAGAUAUUCAAGGUGGCCAUUGCUGGCGCCCCGGUUACGAGCUGGGAGUACUACGAUACGGGCUACACCGAGCGCUACAUGGAUCUGCCGGACAACAAUCGGUCCGGUUACGCGGCCGGUUCCGUGCUGAGUUACAUUCAGAAGUUUCCCGACGAGGACAAUCGUUUGCUCAUCAUCCACGGGUUGAUCGACGAGAACGUGCACUUCUACCACACCUCGCAGCUGGUCAAUCGGCUCGUGCGGGCCAACAAGCCGUACCAGCUGCAGGUCUACCCGAACGAGCGCCACUCGCUGCGCAACCUGGAGGCAAGUAAGCACUACGAGACGAAGCUGCUCUCAUUCCUGCAAAAUCAUCUCUGAACGCCGGUGCCGAACGUCGGUGCAGCGCGACGAUCGAAACGAUGGACCAGGAUCCGACCGCGGUCACUAGCUAGUCGCUGUUUUUCUUUUCGAUUUCGAAAAUCAUCGGUUCGUCGCUUUCCCUCGGACGAUUCGCAGUGGGGAAAGGGUUCACUGCCGGUGGACCAACCGUCAACAUCAUCCAACUUCUCGCUUUGCUCCACGAUGGCGGAUUUGGUGCAGAAGCUUCGUGGGUUUCGCUUUCGUAUGCUUCGUGCUACGCGUGGUGCUACGACUAAAAGUGCUUCCGUUUCGCAAGUGUAGAGAUAUGUGUAUGUGAGCGCAAACUCGCUCACAUGCUGUGGCUGGUGGAGACUCGCCCCUGCCCUCCCCCCCGUAACGUCAUCGGGUCGACGAUGGUUGGAAGAAUGGUGCUUGUUAAUUUUAAUUGGAACGUUUAAUAGAGUUUUAUCCACUUUUAACUUUUGCUACCAUUUUGACAAAACAAUGGGUGUGCGAGCAUUUUGGGAGAUGAGAAAAUGAAUCCUGCGGCCCCUUUUUGCCUCCCGUUCGGGUGGCCAACAUACUGCACUACUGCCUGCACCUAAAACCCGGUGAUACUCUCCGCGCUGCCUUUUUUUACCUAUCAAACCCACCUAACCCCAAUCCCGAGCGCGUGUUUUCAAGCUGUUUUUGUUUGCCUUAUCCUUUCGCUUCCGGGAUUGCUGGUGAGGGAGUGUGUGUGUGUGUGCGUGUAUAUGACUGUGUGCCUAUGUUGGUUCUGUUGUUGUUUGUGUCUUUUAGCUAAGUUCUCUGAAAGUAAGUUGCCAGUUUUGCAAGCUGUUUGUUACGUUGACCCAUUUUGUACUUGAAAGGAUAUGUCGCUUUACUCCAGCGGUACGCUCCAACUAAUACCACGUCUCGUUUAGACUGCUUGCUCUCCCGCCCUGCCAGGGCCGGUAGAUUCUACGCGAUCCUAUCGGUGCCACUGAAUUAGUUCUAAGUCUACACCACAGUACCACCAGCAGGAGUUAUAUCGGUUGUUUUCUUCGUUCGAACUGACCGGUCGCGCGUACCUUCAAAUGUAAUUUAGGUUCGGUCCGUUGUUAAUGAAACUUUUUUGUUUAGAUUCACAAAACUCUGUAGAAAAGGUUGUGUAUAAUGCUGCCCGUGCUACUAGCGUUCCAUCGGACGGGUGAUUUUAUUUUUGUGGUGGAACGUUUGAGGAAGAGCUAACAUGUACUAGUUUCCCGCAAGUUCAACAAGGUCCCAUCGGACCAAAACAAAAACCAUUAAAACUGACACACUAUUAGAGUCGCUUGCAAUCGGACAGUGGACACGUGGUUAUUUAUCGCCUCCGGACGUCCAAAGCAGGGCGUAUGCCGGUGUGAG